UUAAUCUUGCCUCUUAUAUUGAAAUCCAAAGGGGGCACCAGUCUUUCUUCAGCAGCUGUAGUGGAUGGAUCAAGACAAGCAUGUGCAGAUGUGAUUUCUGGUAAAGCUCAUAGAUUAAUUGUCUUGGUUGGUCCUUAUACUGAAGAAGAUAUUGAUUAUGCAAAAUCAUGUUUAUCCAAAGUGGAACGGCUCCCCAACGUGGUCAUCAUCAUGUGUUCUUACUUUGAAAAACCCAGAACCACUGCGGGAUGGAAAGGAUUCAUUCAUGAUCCAGAUUUAGAUGGAUCUUCUAACAUCAAUGAAGGCAUCAGAAAAGCAGGAGAAUUAUCAAAGACUGUAACAGAUAUGGGAAUGCCAGUUGGAGUUGAAUUAUUCAAUACAAUCAGCCCACAAUUUGCAUCAGUUUUAGUUUCAUGGGGAGCUGUUGGAUCUGAAUCACAAUUGCAUCAAGAAUUGGCCUCAGGUGCCUGCCAUCCAAUUUGUUUCAAAAGCAGAACUCAAGGAGACAUGCAAGUAGCCAUCAAUUCCAUCAGGGCUGCUGCUCGUCCUCAUUCUUUCUUAGGGGUUGAUGAUCUAGGUUUUGCUUCCAUCUUUCACACUAGUGGGAAUCCUGAUGUGAAUGUGAUCUCAAGAGGUGAAAAGGUACCUAAUUAUGAAGCUGAAUCAGUUAAAGAAGCUAGAGAUCAACUUUCAAAGGCUAGGCCUAAUUUACAUCCUGCUAUUGCUCUGAUGGAAAUUGUGGAUCAUUGUCAUCAAACCAAAGUUGUGAAUAAAAUAUGUGAACAAUUGAUCAAUGGUGAUCAAUCAAUUGUAGGAGUUAUGAUCAAAUCUCAUAUCAAUGAAGGACAUCAAAAUGGUCCAAUCCAAGGUCAUUUGGCCCCCAAACCUGGUGUUUCAAUCAUGUUCCUUCUGCAUUUUAUACCACUUCUUCUUUUAUGA